UUUUUCAUGUGUCAUUCAGAUCAUGAGACUGCGAGUUGAGUUUACCUUAACGUCCAAACCACAAAGUACUCUUGCAAAACGAAAUCAACAGGGAUGAGUUCAUUUCAUCAUGAGGUGCCGCUUUUCUUUUUCCUGAUCAGCCUCGUUUCAGGGCUGCAGUUUGUAACACCCCCUCUUUCCCAGGUGCCUUUCGUAACCGUGUGGAAUGCUCCUACCGCCAGCUGUCUCUCUCAAUAUGGCGUGGACCUCGACUUGGGCACGUUCAGCAUUGCCCAGAACGAGAACCAGACCUUUAUGGGCGAAAACAUAACCAUCUUUUACUCUGAUAAGCUCGGCCUGUAUCCCAGGUACACCGGUCAAGCAGUCGCUAUCAAUGGCGGGGUGCCGCAGAACGCCAGUCUUGAUGAACACCUCAGAGUGGCCUCUGAAAAUAUCCACACCUGUAUCCCUGACAAGGAUUUUCAGGGUCUGGCAGUGGUGGACUGGGAGAGCUGGAGACCUGCAUGGGAGAGAAACUGGGACAGUAAGCAGGUGUACCAGGUGGAAUCGAGAGGACUAGUGAGGUCCAGGCAUCCAGACUGGAGCCCUGCGCAGUUAGAGGCUGCAGCUCGGGUGGAGUUUGAGGGCGGUGGGAGGAAGUUCAUGGAGGAAACACUGAACCUCGGCCAGCAAGAGAGACCAAAUGGGCUGUGGGGUUAUUAUGGUUUUCCCAACUGCUACAACUACUUCAGCGAAAAAAGCACAAACUACACGGGGGAGUGUCCUCCUGUGGAGUUAAAGAGGAACGACGAGCUGUCGUGGUUGUGGAACGUCUCUUCUGCUCUUUAUCCUGACAUCUACCUGAGCCUCGAGAUGCGACACCUCGACAGAGAAGUGCUCCUCUACACCCAUCACCGCAUCAUGGAGGCCAUGAGAGCUCGGCUGACCUCAUCAACACCGGCCAUGUUCCCGUAUGCUCGCAUCGUUUACACGUACACGUUAGAUUUCCUCUCUCAGGAGCACCUGGUCUACACCAUCGGAGAGAGUGCUGCUUUAGGAUCUGCCGGGGUGGUGCUUUGGGGCGACCUUGCCUUCUCCAAGUCUCAGGCCGCUUGUAAUACUAUCAAAUCCUACAUUGACGAGACUAUGGGUCCUUACCUGGUGAACGUGACAGCGGCGGCCAUCCUUUGCAGCCAGACCAUUUGUUCCUCUCAUGGAAGAUGCCAGCGGAGGAGCCCCACCUCAAGGGUCUACCUCCACCUGGACCCUGCCGAGUGGAAGGUGGUGUCUGAGAAGCAACCAAACAGACGGCAGAACUACAGAGUUUUAGGACAGAUGAGAACACGCGCGGUAAAGUUCAUGAAGUCUGAGUUUCAGUGCAGGUGUUACCCAGGGUGGGGCGGUGAGAGCUGCUCCCAACCAAUUCAGGGAUAAAAGACUUGUCAUGAGGCAGAAUGUUAGUUACAUUUAACAAUGUAAGCAUACUAAUAACAUCAUACUAUUAAAGGGUAAAGGAUGUUGUUUAAUUGCAUAAAAUGUGUCCGAUCUUUUUGUUCCAGAUAUCAGCCUAACAACUGUCUGAUAUUUCCCUUUCAGUCCACUCAACAUGUUGCUUAUCAUUACUAUUAUGUUUGAGCUUCACUGUGCAGAAUGAUGGGUUUGACACAGACAAACUUCUUCAGUGUCUGAAGAAGUUUGUCUGUGCUCAACUUAAAUCUGAGUUGAAUGUGUGUACGUAGAGCAAGCUCCUUGUCAACUUACACAACUACAGUACACAAACGUCGAAGCUGCUGCACAAGUCACAUUCUUUUUCUUUUGACUUUAAAUACAUACUGCAGCUGCCCUUACAAAGUGCCUACUGUUGCGUGUAGUUUGCAAUUCAUUGAUUUGGGACAUACUUCUUCCUCAUAAUAUGACACCCUGUACUUUAAGCUCUUCCUUAAAUAUCUACUGCACAAAGGAUUGUGGCCACAACAGCUUGCUGGCUUGCACACUACAUAAUGCAACCGGAUGGAGUCAGACAUCCUGGUGUUUCUGUCAAACGGCAUUUGACAUACUAUGUAUUGGGACAUUGGGACAUUAAAAAAAUGUAUGGUAGUAUGGGUAUUGUAACUCACAGUGAGUUUACUGCGAAGUGAAAGACAUCUUCUGUCCAGCAGUUGAACUUAUGAAAUUACCAAUAUUUGCAUAUUCAUAGACUCUGGAUUUGUUUGAAUGAUUUUUUAAUUCAAUUAAACUAUUUCUUUUUGAAAAAUCUGAUUUCUCACAUAAUAAAGAUUAUUUCAU